AUGAUCACAACACUCCCGAUCUGGAGUAUUGACAGCACCUGCACCCACUGUGCACACCUAAUUCCAACACCUGCACCCACUGUGCACACCCAAUUCCAACAAAAACUUUGCAGGCACCCCACCACCCGCGACAUUCUCAUCUCUGACCUUGGACCAUCCAGACAUCAAACAUCAAAAGAAAUUCAAGAACACCGGUGUAAGACUCAAAAAGUGGUUGUAAGACCCUUUUUGCUGAAUGGAGAAGGGGAUGGUGGAGGUGCAAGCUCUGCCCUUCUAUACUAUCAGAUAACAAGACCCACCAAGCUCAGCUUGGCAAGCUUUAAUCAAGUGAUAGGGUUCUGUAAAGGUGGUGUAUCCUUGAUUGAGUGGUACUAA